AGCCAACUGAGAAGGGUAAUUUGAACGUUGAAAGUCAAGUAAGGGCAUUGUCAUUAGACGCUAGCUAAAGAAAAUUAGAAAUAAAAACAAAGUAAAGUGGUUCGUGGUUGUUUGAUCAUCUCUUGCAGUUGGCAUUGCAAUUGCAACUGAGAACGCUAAAUUCGCCUUUCCUCCACCCUCGCAAAUGAUCCGAUUCAUUCUGUUGCAGAACCGGCAAGGCAAGACUCGUCUUGCCAAAUACUACGUUCCUCUCGAGGAUUCCGAGAAACACAAGGUCGAAUACGAGGUUCACCGCCUCGUCGUUAACAGAGACCCUAAAUACACUAAUUUCGUCGAGUUUCGUACGCACAAGAUAAUAUACAGGCGAUAUGCUGGUUUGUUUUUCUCGCUGUGUGUUGAUAUCACUGAUAAUGAGUUGGCGUAUUUAGAGUGCAUCCAUUUGUUUGUGGAGAUAUUGGAUCACUUCUUCAGCAAUGUCUGUGAACUCGAUUUGGUUUUUAACUUCCACAAGGUCUAUCUUAUACUUGAUGAAUUCAUUCUAGCGGGUGAACUGCAAGAAACAAGCAAGAAGGCUAUCAUUGAGAGAAUGGGGGAACUGGAAAAACUUGAGUGAUACAUUAUUUUUAGCAGUCAUAGCGGCUUGGAGAUUUCGAUGAUUUGCUCAUGCAUUUCACAUAAUUCAUGUAUUUCAAUUGCGUACAGAAUUUUGAAAAUCCUUUCCCUUGAGCUAUGUAUUCAGUAUUCUUUACUUACGCUUCUUACUCGGGUUAUGUUUAUAUAUUGAAGACAUUUAUAAAAUCAGGGUUUUCAGUAGCCUUUCUUGUA